UCUUCACAUUCACUCAUAUCACUACACUUUCCAUUAUCAAUAUCUUUUUACUACUUAAAAAGAUUUUGGUUUUGAAAUGGAGAGUUACUUAAAGAAAUGGUGUGUAGUGUUUGUGUUGUUGUGUUUCGGGUUUAGUGUAGUAAAAGCACAAGCACAAGCUCAAGUUCCAUGUUACUUUAUUUUUGGUGACUCUUUGGUUGACAAUGGAAACAACAACGGUCUUAUUUCUAUUGCCAGAUCCAAUUACUUCCCUUACGGUAUCGAUUUUGGCGGCCCUACCGGCCGUUUCUCCAACGGCAAGACCACUGUUGAUGAGACCGCUGAGCUACUUGGAUUUAAUGACUACAUUCCUGCGUACAAUACUGUGAGUGGUCGGCAAAUACUCUCCGGAGUUAACUACGCUUCCGCAGCUGCUGGAAUCCGAGAAGAAACCGGUCGACAAUUGGGACAAAGGAUAAGCUUUAGUGGGCAAGUUAGGAACUACCAGAACACGGUAUCGCAAGUCGUGCAGCUGCUAGGAGACGAGACUCGUGCAGCUGAUUACCUCAAGAGAUGUAUUUACUCUGUUGGUUUAGGAAGCAACGACUAUCUCAACAACUACUUCAUGCCUACGUUUUACUCAUCUAGCAGACAAUUCACACCCGAACAAUACGCUAACGAUCUCAUCAGUCGCUACAGCACUCAGCUCAAUGCACUAUACAAUUAUGGGGCUCGAAAGUUUGCAUUAAGCGGAAUUGGAGCAAUCGGUUGUAGUCCAAACGCACUAGCAGGCAGUCGCGACGGAAGGACUUGCGUAGACCGCAUCAACUCAGCAAACCAGAUCUUCAACAACAAGCUAAGAUCUCUUGUUGAUCAGCUCAACAACAAUCACCCUGAUGCAAAGUUCAUCUACAUAAAUGCUUAUGGCAUUUUCCAGGAUAUGAUCACAAAUCCUUCUAGAUUUGGGUUUAGAGUGACAAACGCCGGCUGUUGCGGUAUCGGGAGGAAUGCUGGUCAGAUCACAUGUUUACCGGGACAGAGACCAUGUAGAGACCGCAACGCGUACGUGUUCUGGGACGCAUUUCACCCUACCGAAGCCGCAAAUGUGAUCAUCGCAAGGAGAUCGUACAAUGCACAAUCGGCUUCAGACGCUUACCCUAUGGAUAUUUCAAGGUUGGCACAGCUUUGAGGAAACAGAGAAAUAUAAGAAUUAUAAAAGU